GGUGUUUGUCCUGUUACAAUUGUAAAAUGAUGGCUUCGGAUGACGACAAUAAUUCAUUGAACUCAUCACCAAAACGUGUCGCACCGCUUGCCGAGCUGCAAGCUGCAGCAUCUGCUACCACGAGCGCGACCUCGACCUCCAGCACAAACGCAACAAUUGGUACCGCAAACGCGGCCAUCGGAAGCCCCUCUUCCCAAAUGGGUCGGCGAAAGAAAGUCAUGCCGCUAGAGCAUGGAUGUGAAGACAAUUGGACAUGGAGUAAACGGCAUCGUUCCAAGGAGAUAGUAUUAAGUGGGGCCAACAAUCGCACCGUUCAUUUCCAUCCGAAUUGGAGCAAAGGUACGGCCGGGGUACAGGGCAAGCGACCUCUUAACAAUGGUCGUUUCUAUUGGGAACUGCAUGUGUCACAGCGGGUUUUCGGCACUAGCAUUAUGUUCGGUAUUGGAACAAAACAAGCGCGUCUUCACGCCAACUCAUUUCGUAAUAUGUUGGGUGAGAACGAACACGGCUGGGGUCUAUCGCACAAAGGAGUACUGUGGCACAAAGGUGUUGCGCUGCUUUACACCAAACGCUUCAAAGAGAAUCAUCCCACAGUUAUUGGUAUACUCUUCGAUGGGAUCGAAGGUACGCUCACCUAUUACAAAGAUGGCAAAUGCUUGGGCGUCGCGUUUCGAGGUUUAGAUAAGAUCAAGGAACCGCUUUAUCCGAUUGUCUGUUCUACAGCUGCAAAAACCGAAAUGACUCUGAAAUGUACUCGACGCGAUUUUGUGAAUCUACAAGAUCGUUGCCGUGCCGAAAUUAUCAAGCAUGUCAAGACGAGGGAGGAUUUGGUGAAACUAAAGUUGCCGCCACUGAUAACGCAAUAUCUGAGUGAGGUGGUGAACGAUGUGGCACCGCUGCGACAGGUGGAUAAUUAUGAUAUACUAUGUGACUUUUAGAAGGUAGCGUUUGGGUCUGGGAAAGUGGUUACUUAGUUGGAGGAGGCCCGGUUGAUUGGUUACUAACCAAUCAUGUUUUUGUCUGUGUUCGCCUUUUUUCGGUAAAACAAAAAUAUAGUUCAUUUGUCAUUGCACAUAAAUAAUAGCAAUGCAUAGAAUAUUACUUAGAAAUAGUAUAUGUAUAUGUAUUAAUUGAUUUUUGCAGAGUUUCAGCCACGAAAUCGCACUCAGAAAAUAGUCAGCUGAGUAUAUUUCUCUCAAUCACUAUAACCAAAUAUUAGUUAGUUGCAUUCGCGUACCUGACAAUUAUUGAAAGUUAUCGAAAGCUUUUUGUGUUCCCGUACGCAGAAAACUUGCAAAGUAGGGGAAAUUGAGAGAUAAAAAUGAUAUUUAGUUUUGAGGGGAAACUGAUAGUUUCUGUUGAAAAAAAUGUUUGCCAACAGCAGUUUGCCAACAAGAAAACAGCUGGGUGCAAUUUAAGCAAAUCACUAAAUCGAAUUUGAUCGUUUCGAAGUUAAAAAUAAUAAAAUACGACGACUUCAAUUGUAAGAAGUAAGUAAUUAUUCGCCUAGCCAGUAAACUGUGUGAGGAUAGGACUUUGGGAUUUGUCUUCUUACGCUUUCAAUUUCAUACUUUUGAAUGUAAACAGACUUUCUAUCAGCUGUUCGUCUAACUUUCAAGUUUCUGCAAAAUUUUUUUUUGGAUAUUUUUCUCUUGUAAGAGAACAGAUACAAUUUCGCUGUUGGAUAUAUUUUACUGGAUAUUUUAAACGAACGUACCUAAUGUGUUGAGAGAAACAUAUUUAGCUGACGUAACUAAACUAUUUUCCCAGUGUGGAGCCAGGUAUAAAUUUGAUAACUGCACUUAGCUUUUUCAAUUUUUUAACUGAGGAUAUUCCGUGAAUUUGCGCUUUGUGCAGCAAAACUACCGCCGUUUUCUCGGCCAAAAAGGACCGUACUGCAAAUAUCUUAGCAGGGAACAUCACCUUAACCAUUGCCUUUUUAUAUAAAUUUAAGGAGUUUUUGUGUAUGUAUGUAUGUAGGUAUGUAUAUUAGGGCUGGGACUACCCAUAUAUUCGGAUAUCUAGAUAUCCGUUUGGAUAUUCGAGUAUACGAAUAAAAUCCCGAUAUCCGCUUAGUAUCCAUUAUUUAUAUUAAACAGAUAUCUGGUUAAUAUGAGUUCUUUUUGUUAUCCGGAUAUUCUAAACAGCUCUCAGAAUCACUGAAUCUAUUGAGUUGCAAAACUAAUAAUAGAUUACAACACGUCUUUAAUACAUAAACAAUUGUUAAUUUAUUGUUAGUUUAAGAUUGAAAACUCCGAAUAUCCGUCCAUUUUUUUAUCCAGAUGUUCGGACUUUUUUUUAUCAGAUAUGCGAAUAUCCGGAUUAUCCGGAGGAACUCCCAGCCCUAAUGUAUACAUUAGCUCGCUUAAUAUUUUAUGUAUAGUACACUGGACUGGGUGGGUGCCCACUAGGGGGGGUCCAAAAAUGCAUGAAAAAAGUAAAAUCGGAAUUUGUAUGCUCUCAUCCCCUAGGCUUGCUCUAUAUCGAAGAAAAAUAUAUCCUAAUUUUUUUUUUGAAAUCAAAAAAUAUUUAGAGGUCGCUCAAAGCGCUCCAAGUUUUCCCAUGUACAUAUUUUA